AUGUCGGUGGUCAAGCGUCCAGAGCCAGGGCCGAUCAUGGGCACGUAUCGGAACGAAGAUCUGAACGCUGUCGUCGAUUACCUCAGCGAUGGGUCAGAGGCCAUCAUCGAGCCCUGCGUCUUUGAUCUCAGGUGGGCCACGGGACGGCCUCGAGGAAGUAGCGUCGCGACCCUGCUCGCAGCUGCAAAACCUCCAAUACCGCUACCGAUUCGAUUGGCACGGUGUCAAGAUGAUGCUAAUGGCAUAGAGGAUGGAUCCAAGAACGACAUAAAGACUAGGGCGAUUCGUCAGAUUAUCUUGUCGGGGGCGCACAUCAUGAGCUUCAGCGGCGCCAUGCCAAACUUUAUGUCGCUGGUCCGACUCCACGCCAGUCUUACAUCACUGGAUCUGCAGCACUCGCACUUUCCAUACAAGCUGGUCCCAUGCAAGGAGCUUGCACACGCCAUCAACACAAGCGUCUUACGGUCGCUCAACAUGCCAAACUUCUACCGCGUGGGUGGAGCUGUAUUCGUCAUCGAUUUGAUCAACAACCUGGAUUGCCCCAGCCUCGAGACGCUGUACCUGAACAAGGCCAUCAACCUCUUCGGCGCAGACGUCGAUGACGAAGACGACCUGAAUGGUACCGCCGAAGCUGGAGAGGAGAAUAUCGACAUGACGCAGAAGGAGGUGCAGGCUCGCGUCGGGGACGCUCUGGCUCAUUUGGUUAGCCCAUGGCACAUCCCUCGGCGUGGCUGGGCGCCCAACCUCAAGAAGCUGCAUCUGAAUGCGAACGAGCUUGGAAUCAAGACGGUCAAGAGGAUUACGAGGGCCAUUCUCGGCCAAGAUCGCAAGAUCAAGCGCGAUGGCCGAAUCUCACCGCCCAAUCGAACCUUGAUGUCAGUCGAGAUGCUGGCCACCUAUUCGGACAACAGCGAAGACGAGGCCGAGAGCGACGAAGAGGGACAAGGGACGAGGAGCAGCGCCGCAGUGACGGCUUCGGAAGCCAGCUUGAGACGGGUGAAGAGCAUUUCCUCUCUUCUGCGUGAGCGCCGCAUGCAGGAGGCAUCUGCAGCGGCGCCAACGACGCCCUCGUCUUCGGCAGGCGACAUCAUCAGAGUGGCAAAUUCUUCUCGGAAGCCAACUAGCGCGCAAGCCGGCAAGGAAACGGUGACGAAGGAGAACUGGAGGAGGCUGCUGGGCAACCAUCUCUGGCAAAAUCGGCGGAUGGCGUCCAAAGUGCGAGAGUCGGCGAGAAGAGCUUUGCCAGUCGUCCGAGUGCUGGGAUGUUGCUCUCGCGAGGCGAGCAGCAGCUCAUCAUCGUCCAGCUUCCCAUUCACGUGUCUCCCUGCCGAGCUCAGGAGGCGUAUCGUUGAAUUGCUGCUCGACGAGAGCGACGACAAGGAGAGACAGCUGACCCGGCAGCAGAUGGAAAACGUGAUAAGCUUUGCCUGCGAGCGGAGCACUAUCGGCUGCGGCACUCGAAGUGCGCAGCUUGGCAUGUCGGACCUGGCCCUCUCGCGGCUCACGUUGGAGCUGCAGCACCGCCAAGCAGAGGAGGAGAACAAUGAGAAAGAAGAAGCAGACCCCAGCUUGAUCCCACACCAUCGAUGGAGCUGGUUCGAGAUGGUUCGAGAACGAAGCGUGCCGAGAGACUGGCCCGCAGCCAUCAUCGACGAGUCCAGCUUCCAAUCGAAAUCGGCCUAUCACGGCCCCAGGGAUGAUGAAGAGGCGACCGAGGCCGAAAGGUCCUCGUUUGGGGGCGGCGGAGGCCCCGAUGGUCAGGGAGGCCUGACGACAAUGAGACCCAUAACAGUCACAAAGGAGAGGAAGCUUCAACUGUGGCAAACGAGCGGCCUCAGAGCUUUCUGGGAGGCUACGGGCACCACUACGGCCUUGGCAGCGGACAUAUAA